AAUCCGUUAUCUCAGAUUCAUUCCAAGUUCGUGGUUUUUGAUGCAUUUGUUACAACUUGCGAGAAAUAUGCGUCAUUCGUUGUAUUUCUAUUAAAACCGCAAUUACAUCGUAAAUUAUUAUUAAGAGGCAAUCAUGAAGGGUAUAGUGGCUUUGUUAUUAUUGGCAGUACUUGCCACAACGCAAGCUGUUUCCUUUGACAAGAUCUUGGAUACAGAAUGGUUUAUCUUUAAGACGCAUCAUAAAAAAAUCUACAAAUCCCAAGUUGAGGAAGGCUAUAGAAUGAAGAUUUUCUUAGAUAAUAAGCGCAAGAUUGCCGAACAUAAUCGCAAAUAUGAAUUAAAACAAGUUUCCUACAAACUAGGAAUGAAUAAGUACGGUGAUAUGUUGCAUCAUGAAUUUGUCAGUGCUUUGAAUGGCUUCAAUAAGUCAGUGGGCGCUAGAAAGGAACUUAUAGGAGGAACAUACAUCGCGCCAGCUAAUAUUGAAUUACCAAAACAAGUCGAUUGGAGAAAACAAGGCGCUGUCACUGCAGUUAAGGAUCAAGGACACUGUGGAUCCUGCUGGGCGUUCUCAGCAACUGGAGCCUUAGAAGGACAACAUUUCAGACAAACAGGUGUUUUAGUGUCCUUGAGUGAACAAAAUCUAGUUGAUUGUUCCAGUAAAUACGGAAAUAAUGGAUGCAACGGUGGUUUAAUGGAUGGCGCCUUCCGGUAUGUUAGGGACAACAGAGGCCUCGAUACCGAAAAGUCUUAUCCAUACGAAGCAGAGAAUGACAAAUGCAGAUACAAUCCGAAAAACAGCGGCGCUAAUGAUGUCGGCUACAUGGACAUUCCCGAAGGAGAUGAACAGAAACUAAAGGCUGCGGUUGCCACCGUAGGUCCAGUCUCUGUUGCUAUUGAUGCUUCUCAUCAGUCAUUCCAGCUGUACAGUGAAGGAGUAUACUAUGAGCCUAAUUGCGAUUCACAAAACUUGGAUCAUGGUGUGCUGGCCGUCGGUUAUGGUACGGAUUCGGAAACUGGUGACGAUUAUUGGAUAGUAAAGAACAGUUGGAGUGAAGGAUGGGGCGAGAACGGUUACAUCAAGAUGGCCAGGAAUAGAGAAAAUCAUUGCGGUAUAGCGAGUAGUGCCAGUUAUCCUCUUGUUUAAUCUUUGUGAACCAACUUUUAGAGCAUUGUGAUCUGCUUAUUUAAACAUGACAUUUAUUUUGGGACUUAACAAAGUUUUAAAACUCUUACAAAAAUUUCUCCUAUGAGCCUUUCGAUAUAUUACGAUAUUUCCAGAUUUAUAGUGCGAAUGUAAUUAGAUUUUUGGCAUCUCUGUCAAUAUUUUAUUUUUUCUUGUUUUGCAAUAGAACAGAUUGGUUAUAAAAAAAGAAAAUUUUUUUAAAAUUGUGCAACUUUUUUAGGUCCCGCUACAUACCUAAAUUAUAUAUAAAAAAAAAGAGAAACUCGCGAGAAUUAUGAGAAGAUUGUGAGCCCCAAGAAUAGCGGUUCGUUAGGUUUAUCAGUUUUGCGUUUUUUUAUUAUAUAAUUUAAUGACAAUUAUGAACAUUGUAGGUAUUAGACUAUAUUUAAGUUCUUUUUUUUGCUAACCCGUGUCCGCAAAAUAACACAGUUAUUAUUCGAGGUAUUUUAAAGCAGCUAUAAUACUAUUAUAGAGAGAAACAAACAGGUUUAGCAAUUAUAAUCUAGCUAGGAAUGAAAUUAUCUAUUAUAGUUAAACAUAUACUUCGGAUAAUAACUCGGUUUAAGUCAAUGUUUGCUACGCAAACUGAUCUCUAUUUUUUAAACAAAAUAUAGAAUAAAAAAAAGCUAAAUAAUUA